GCACGCACAAUGUAAAGACAUAGCUAUAGAGUUUCCGUGGCGAAAACGAAACAACCCGAGCAGGAAACCCGACAGGAAGAGGGUAAGUGUAUAAAAAGGCGCUUUCUUAUCGCCCCCGAGGAAACGUCGGCACUCGGCGAACGAUGGCCUGCGAUGGAGGUGCUGAGAAGAAGUCUUACGUGACCUCCGUCACCGUGGACCUGAAGCCGUCAGGUGAAUCUCAGAGUGCAGGAUGUGGGGCAGGGAGCGCAGAGAACGGGACGCCACCAAGAAGAAGGGAGACAACAGAUCGCCGUAAAGACGUCAUCUCCAAGAGAAGAGCGUCCGGCCCACCAGGACCUGUGGUUGAGUUUGUGGACCCUGUCGAAAAGGUGCAGGUGUGUGUCGGCGAAACAGCACAACUUUCCUGCUCCUUCAGCUGCUCAGGGCCUACAGCAUCCUGCUGGAUCUACAACAGAAAAAAGGUUGUGGUGGAUGGAGAUCGCACUCGCAUUGAGAGCAGCGCUAACAGCAGUGUCUUGACCAUCUUGGAAGUUCUUCCUGUGGACGUAGGAAGCUACACAAUCUUCGUCCAAACUCGGCGAGGCGUUUCUCAACACACAAUUGUUUUAAGCAUCAGAGAUCGGCCGGAACGCCCAGUGUCGUGUCCGUUCGUGUCCCAGCUGACUCCAAACUCUUUAGUUCUUUCCUGGAGUGGACCGAGUUAUGAUGGCGGGUCACAAAUCAGAGAUUACGUGGUAGAAAUGCAAAGUUGCGGUCCUGGUGACCCCGGGGACUGGAGUGUGUUGACCUCAGAGUGUAAGGACACAACGUAUAGGGUCUGCUCGGGCCUUCACGAGCAGGGUGAGUACCGCUUCCGUGUUCGAGCCAGUAACUCUGUGGGAGUCAGCGAGCCAAGUGAAGAGUCGGACUGCAUCAAGAUGGAUACAGCAGUGAAGCUCCCGAAGGAGGAAAUUCCCAUGCAAGUGGACGUUAUUGUUGACACCAAUCACAAGGUCAAAGAAUGCUACAACAUCCAUGAAAGACUAGGAGUAGGGAAGUUUGGCCAGGUGUUUCGGUUGACCCAUAAAGAGACGGGUUACGUGUGUGCCGGAAAGUUUUACCGCGCGAUCGCCUCCAAGGACAAAGACGCCGCUAGAGAGGAGAUCAUGCUGAUGAAGGAGCUGCACCAUCCGAAGCUGGUGCAGUGUCUGGGGGCAUUUGACACACGUUCAGAGAUCGCCCUGAUCAUGGAGUACAUUGCCGGGGGCGAGCUUUUUGAGCGUAUCGUGGAUGAUAACUUUGAGCACACCGAGCCCAACAGCAUGCAGUACAUGCGCCAAAUUCUGGAAGGUGUCCUGUAUCUGCACCGCCAAAAUAUUGUACACCUUGACCUCAAACCUGAGAACAUAGUCUGCCUCAAUUCCACCGGGACACUCAUCAAGAUCAUCGACCUCGGCCUGGCCAGGAAACUCGAACCUGGAAAGCCUAUAAGGGUGAUGCACGGCACACCCGAGUUCGUGGCCCCGGAAGUGGUCAGCUACGAGUACGUGGACCUGUCAACAGACAUGUGGAGCAUCGGCGUGAUCUGCUACAUCUUACUGAGCGGAGAGUCGCCGUUUCAGGGAAGCUCGGACGCCGAGACACUGGCACUGGUCACUGGUGCUACCUGGGAGUUUGACCCUGAGUUUGACGACAUUACUGAGGAAGCCAAGGAUUUUAUAUGCAAAUUGCUGAAGAAGGAGAAGAGGGAGAGGAUGUCUUGUGAGCAGGCUCUGGCUCACCCUUGGAUGGCUUUCUCCUCCGGUCGAGUAACAAAAACCCUGAAUAAAGAAAAAAUGCGCCGUUUCCUGGCCAGACAAAGAUGGCAGAAAACUGGCAAAGCCGUGCUGGCGCUGAAGAGGAUGGCGCACCUCUCCAACAAACUGUACACCUCCGAUUCUCCUUCUAGCCACGUGACUGACAUGACUCUGGGGAAGGAGGCAGCGGAUGCCGUUGCAGCUCUGGAGCAGCAACUGAGGAGCGAGCCGAAUUUCUCGCAAAAUCUUCAGGACCUCACAGAGCCCUGCGGAGCAACUGUGCACAUGGCCUGCAUCGUAGACGGUUAUCCCGACCCGGAAGUGGUGUGGCUGCUUGAUGAUGAGCCUCUGGAGGAGACCGAGCGGGUGCAGAUUGUGUACAAAGAGGAUGGGCUGUGUACACUCACCCUGACCAGGGUGCAACCCCGGGAUUCUGGGAUAUACAAGAUCCAAGCCUCUAAUCGCCUGGGCCAGGCGCUGUGUUCAGCGAGGCUCACUGUUGCUAACUAGAGGCGUGGACGAAAAGGCUCAGUCGGGGAGAAGAACAAGGACCAAGUGCAGUCCGGGGUCUCCGAGGGUCAUAAUGUGGGUCACCACUUGACGACUAACGUGAAUUAUGGCUGUUCUCAGGAUUACACCUUUCAUUUUAUUCUUCAGAGUUCAUUCUUUUUUUUUAUUUACAUCUCUACCACUAUUUAUCACUUAGUACAUACCACAGCAUAUGCCUUUAUUAAAUUUUUUAAGGAGUUCAUAAUAUAGCCCACUACGACCACUUUAUAAAACACCAGUGCACCUGUUUAGCGCACACACAAACGUGUUUCUGUUUACCACAGUUGUAAAGAAUAGUUAUUUGAGGUUUUGAUAUCUUUUGGAUUUCUGACAAGUGGUUCUUUUGUGGAAAAUCAGCAGCAAACCGUGAAACCCAACAACCACACCAAGGACUUUUGAACGAACAUUUUAAUGUGAACGUUGGUGGUGGUUUGUGAUUGGCUGACUGGAUUAGAGUCCUUCUUAAGAAAGUGGUCAGUAAAUAUCGAGAUAAGCUUGUGACUGUGUAAUAUUAUAAUUUAAUAAAGAAUUAAAAUAACUUUA